CGCGUGGGGCGGCGCGUGUUGACAGCGGCGGCGGUGGAACCGGGCGGGCGGCGGGAGUCGGCGCCUCGGGUUCCUGCCUCGCGUCCCUAGGCGGCGGCGGCCGGGCGUCCCGGGAUGGCCUUCAUGGAGAAGCCGCCAGCCGGCAAGGUGCUGCUGGACGACACGGUGCCGCUGACAGCAGCCAUCGAGGCGAGCCAGAGCCUGCAGUCACACACGGAAUAUAUUAUUCGAGUGCAAAGAGGAAUUUCUGUGGAAAACAGCUGGCAGAUUGUUAGAAGAUACAGUGACUUUGAUUUGCUUAACAACAGCUUACAGAUUGCAGGCCUAAGUCUACCUCUUCCUCCCAAAAAAUUGAUUGGUAACAUGGAUCGUGAAUUCAUAGCUGAAAGGCAGAAAGGUCUUCAGAACUAUCUCAACGUGAUCACAACAAAUCAUAUCUUGUCUAAUUGUGAGCUGGUUAAGAAGUUUUUAGAUCCAAACAACUAUUCCGCAAACUACACUGAGAUUGCCUUACAACAGGUUUCCAUGUUCUUCCGAUCAGAACCAAAGUGGGAGGUGGUGGAACCUUUGAAAGACAUAGGUUGGAGAAUAAGGAAGAAAUAUUUCUUGAUGAAGAUUAAAAAUCAGCCAAAGGAACGGCUAGUGUUAAGCUGGGCUGACCUUGGCCCGGACAAGUAUUUGUCAGAUAAAGAUUUUCAGUGUCUAAUCAAACUUCUGCCUUCUUGUUUGCACCCUUACAUCUAUCGGGUUACCUUUGCCACAGCUAAUGAAUCUUCAGCGUUGCUAAUUAGGAUGUUUAACGAAAAGGGAACGUUGAAGGAUCUGAUCUACAAGGCAAAACCAAAAGACCCAUUUCUAAAGAAGUACUGCAACCCUAAGAAGAUUCAGGGCCUGGAACUCCAGCAAAUAAAAACAUAUGGACGGCAAAUAUUAGAGGUACUGAAGUUUCUUCAUGACAAGGGAUUCCCUUAUGGGCAUCUUCACGCCUCCAAUGUGAUGCUCGAUGGGGACACUUGCCGGCUGCUAGACCUUGAGAAUUCCUUAUUGGGCCUGCCUUCCUUCUACCGAUCUUAUUUUUCACAAUUCAGGAAAUUCAAUACAUUGGAAAGUGUGGAUGUCCACUGCUUUGGCCACUUACUGUAUGAAAUGACUUAUGGACGACCGCCAGACUCGGUGCCUGUGGACUCCUUCCCUCCUGCCCCAUCCAUGGCUGUGGUGGCCGUGUUGGAGUCUACGCUGUCUUGUGAAGCCUGUAAAAAUGGCAUGCCUACCGUCUCCCGGCUCUUACAGAUGCCAUUAUUCAGCGAUGUUUUACUAACCACUUCUGAAAAACCACAGUUUAAGAUCCCUACAAAGUUAAAAGAGGCAUUGAGAAUUGCCAAAGAAUGUAUAGAGAAGAGACUAAUUGAGGAACAGAAACAGAUUCACCAGCAUCGAAGACUGACAAGAGCUCAGUCCCACCAUGGAUCUGAGGAGGAAAGAAAAAAAAGAAAGAUUUUAGCUCGAAAGAAGUCAAAACGAUCUGCUCUUGAAAAUAGUGAAGAGCAUUCAGCGAAGUACAGCAACUCCAAUAAUUCAGCAGGAUCUGGGGCCAGCUCACCUCUCACGUCCCCGUCAUCGCCAACUCCACCCUCUACAUCAGCUGCCUUAGGUUUGAGUAAAAGAUGUAAAGAAAGGGAUAUCUGCAUUACCUCCACCUCCUCCACCUCCACCACCACCAGCAGCUCCCUUGCCUCCUGCGAGCACCGAGGCACCUGCCCAGCUCUCGUCUCAGGCUGUGAAUGGCAUGAGCCGAGGGGCCUUGCUCAGCUCCAUCCAGAAUUUCCAAAAAGGAACUUUGAGGAAAGCCAAAACCUGUGAUCACAGUGCUCCGAAGAUCAGCUGAAGCUUCCUGUUUACACUUGGAGGGAAAAGUUCUUUUUUAUUCCUACUCACCCCUACCCCCCAAACUACCCUCUUCCUGGGAAAGUAAUUGCUGAGCCAGUACAGCCACAAACAGUACUAUUUUGCAGAUGCUCAUGUAAGAAGCUUUUCAAGAGGGAAAUAAUUCUUUAAGCAGAAUAAAGUUAGGCUGGCAUUGCUCCCUUAAGAUCUUGCUCCUUUAUUAAUCCUGUAAAGGAGUCUUGUUUAUCCUCUAAUGGGCAUGCUUUGGGGGCAGCAGCAUAUUGAAGUAUUUUCACCAACUAAAGGAAAUAGACAGAAAAACAAUGACAAUAUUCAAUCACAGCAGUAAAUGGCCUUUGUGUUGCAAUCCCUUCUACCCCAUCAGACAGCUCCUAGAAACAUUCCUCUUACAGUUCAUUUCUCUAAAGCAUUUUCUGAUUCUUAGAUAACUCCAAUUUUUGCUACCUUUAUCUUAGACAUUAACACUAUAGCCCAAAGCAUAGUUACUUUGCUGAAUCAGAAAGCAACUGAGUUCUUUUUUUCCCCUCAAAUAGAAUGGGGAACGUUCACAACAUUCUCUUAAGUUCUAACAGGAAUACCAUUGUGGUUAUAGAACUCAGGGCUGCUAAAGCAACUACUCUAGACCCAUAGUUCUUUUUAGUUAGAAUGUAUUGAAACAGACAAAAAUAUUAACAUCAGAAAAAGCUCUUGCCAAUUAGAGGAUCUUCUUAAUCCUCAGCAAUUAAGUUUGGGGUUUGAGGGGGGCAGGUCAUUGUUACAACAGAAGUAAAUUUGGCAUCUAUAGAAAUCAAUUAUGAUUUUUGAAAGAUCUAAAUAUAUCAAUAUAGCAUCUCUUUAAUGUUAGUCAUUUAUUAGAAAGAUCCUUUAUCCUGAUUUGCUUAAACCUUUCAAAAAAUUGCACUUUAAAGGAUUAUAAUCCAUUUAAAAAUUCAAGUACACACAUCAGUGUUGGUUACUAUGCAGAGAAUGUCAUUGUGUAUAGUUUCAUGUAAUCUGUGAUGUCAGCCGUAUUUUUUAUUAAAAUCAUGUCAAGAAAA